AUGGUUAUCGCCAGGAUGAGCCAUUUCUUCCAAGCUCGAUCCAAGUCUGUGCUGCACUUCCUAGCUGUCCUCCUGAGCCUCAGGCAAGUUGGAGCCUCUCCCACCCAGAGCCAGGCUCAAGUGGCCAGACCGCGUACGGCUCCCAACUCAGCUGCGGCGGUGCCUCUGCCAAUUCACCUGGGCGCCUCUGCCGGAAGCCCUGGUGUCUAUGUGCCUGUGCAGCUCGUGGGCGGCCUCCAGGGCACCCCGAGUUCUGCGGCCGGAAAUCUGUGGACAUGGGUCGUGGCAGCUACAGGAGCUGCUUGGCAUGGAGCGAGACAGAGCCACGAGCCGCGGCAACCGCGGCCGGUUAGGCGCAGCCAGAACGUGGUGCCGAAUUUGAAUGUCGGCACACACGCCGCUGAAGAGGAGGGCUGGCAGACAGCCAGUGAGGAUGAGGAGGAGACUUGGCAGGCGCCAGAUCCUCAAACCCACGUCCAGUCCAACCUCUUCCAGCCUAGCUUCUCCAACAUGUUCCCUGACGGCAUCCCGGAAAUGAUGCAAUUGCAGCAGGCCCCGCAUAUGCCACAGAUGCUGCAUAUGCCACAGGGGCCGCACAUGCCGCAGAUGAUGCCAAUGGUCAUGGUUCCAGUGCCACUGCGCGCUAACGCCAAUGUGGAGCCUCUCGCCGUGCCUGAGAGUGAGGCCCGAGAGCCUCGAGGACGGGGAGUUGGAACCGCGUCAGGGUCAGGGCCGUCAGCGCCUGGGCCCGUCUCUCCGGGACGUUUGGAUCGUCACGUCUCCUCUACACUGUCAGAUGCAUCCGAUUGGGCCUCCGCCGAACAAGCCUCCUUAGCAUCUUCCUCAAGCUCAGUUCAGCGGCGCUGGACGAAUCGGGACUGCGACUGGGCACUGCGCCAGCUGACUUCGACUGCGAGCGGUCCGAGCCGUGAGCUUUUGCUGCAGAUCCUCCAGGAUGCAUGGAUAUUGGCGGGCAGCAAGAGCGGCACACGCGUUGUCCAGGCAGCAAUGGAUGUGGCAGAGGCUCCUGACAAACAGCUCCUAACCAAUGUCUUCAAAGGCCGAGUCUGGUACGCCUUGAAGUCGCCACAUGCCAACCAUGUUUUGCAGAAGAUCAUUGCUCUAAUGCCGCCGGAGAAGAUGCAGUUUGUCUUUGAAGAACUGGCUGGACGCGUGGAUGAGGCUGCCAGGCACCCUUUCGGAUGUCGUGUCCUGGAAAGACUCCUCGAGCAUUGUGGCACUUCGCAAAGCGACGUCUUGCUCGACGAGCUGUUGCACGACGUGCCUGACCUGAGCAGGCAUCCAUUCGGCAACUACGUGAUUCAGCACGCCUUUGAACAUGGCUCCUCCUCGGUGCGCAG